AUGAGCUCUGUAUUACAACCAAAGAUUGAUCCUUCUAUAUUGGAUAAGUAUAGACCAAAGAUUGAAGUUGAUCAAAGAUACAGAGCACCAGAUGCAUUACUAAAGAAAAGAACAUCUGCAAGUUUGUUGGGUAUCAUUGAAGAUGAUGAUGUAAAGAGACCGACAAAGUCAACUGUAAAGAGAACAAGAGCAUCAAUCGAUGAGAAUGAUGACCAUGAUAGAGAGAAAAAGGUAGCGAGAAAGACACCUGUAACCACAAAGAAGCCAUCAUCGACGGCGACAAAGAAGAGUCCAGCCAAACCAAGACAACCUGCUCGUCGCAAGGAUGAUGAUAGCAGUAGUGAAGAUGAACGACGCAGACACAAAACACCAUCACAGCCAAACAAACAGCUGUUGGAAUCAAAGAAUGACUUUAUGUGGGGAGUAUCUAUCAAGAAGGGCAAUGCAGGUGAAUCACUCCCAGUCAAACUGAACAACAGCAAUGGCAGCAUAAACAAUAAUCACUCAAAGAGUAGCUCUGGAUAUAGUAACGGCAGCGGCAGUCAUCAUCAUUCAGACUCAAUGAAAUCAAUUAGUGGCAGUAGCAGUAGCAGUGGUAAUAGUACACAGAGCAAGACACAGAACACUCGACCAUCAUCAUAUUCAUCAUCAUCGUCAUCAUCAAUGACACAAAGUACCCGACCAUCAUCGUCAUCAUAUUCAUCAUCUUCUUCAUCAUCGUCAUCGUCAUCAAAGUCAAUGAGUAAUGGACAUUCGAACAACAAUCAUGACAAUGGAAGAAGAAGUGAUUCACUCAGAUCAUCAAAGGACUCGCAUACAAACACAAACAUGAGACCCAAGUCAAGUCAGUCCAAUCCACCUAUCAAACCAUCAUCAACAUCACUUUCACAUUCUGCACCAUCACCUCCACCAAUCAAGUCGAACCCAACCAUUGUAAAGGUGACUCCAAAGGAUCAAUUCCCAGCCUCUCAAUGGUCCACUAAAGGAGUUGCACCAAAGACUCUGCACAGCCCAACCGUCCAACCCAAGCAACAACAAUCAAACAUGCCACCACCUUCUUCCAAACAAUCAAACGGUGCACCUCCAAGGAGUCAGAUGUCGAACAAUUCAUCAUCAAACAACAGAGACAACUACUCCUCUUCAUCUUCGUCUUCAUCAAAUCGUCCAAUCAGCAAGACGUCCGAUGACAGACGUCCAAUGUCCUCGACAUCUAAGAGCUCAGAUCGUGGACAUUACUCUUCACACAAUACAUCGUCAUCAUCAAGGCCAAACCAAAGCAGGCCAUCUCAAUCAAGCCAAAACAAUGUCAAGAAGCAAUCACAUGGUUCCUCUUCCUCUUCUUCCUCCAGAAGACGCGACUACUCUGAUGAGGAAGACGACUCAGAGGAUGAGUAUGACGAUGAGUACUCUGAUGACUUUGUUGUGGAUGGCAGUGGAGAUGAAGACGAUGACGAAGAGCCCAGCAGGGGAUACUCAUCCGAGCUCCAAAAGGUAUUGUCUGGAAUGCGUGGAUUUAGCACCAGAAGAGAUUAUGAUGACGACGACUUUGACGACAGAUCAAUGGAGGCUCGCUACGAUGAGAUUGUAGAAGAGGAGGAGCGUUCAAGUCGCUAUGCUGCCAGCGAGGAUCGUUUGGCCGAAGAAGAGGAACGUAGACAUCGUCGAGAGAAAGAGAUGCGAAAGAAAAGACAAGGAAGACUGUAA